AUGACACCACCGUUAUCGGCAAUCGAGGGGCAAAGCCAGUUCAAUGCAACACCACCUAUGAUGGCUUCCUCAUCGUCCGCUGACUGCAUUACGCAAAACACCCUUGCCUUCAAAGAGCGCAACUACCUAGGACUGUCUGACUCCUCGUCGGUUGACAGCUCAACCGUCUUUAGCGAAGGAAAGGCCAAUCUUAACUUCAAGGCCACAGAACUGAGGCUUGGCCUUCCGGGGUCUCAGUCCCCCGAGCGAAGCUUGGACUUUUCCCCUCCGAGCUCGGUCAAGAAUCUUGACGAGAAGCAGUUAUUCCCUUUGGCUCCUUCCAAGACGGUUAUCGUGACUGGAAAUAAGAGGGGAUUUUCAGACACUGAGAAUGCCAUGUUUUCCAAGCCCAAUUGGAUGUUCAACGCGGACUCUGGACAACCUAAGACAGCUGCUAGGAAAGAAGCAGCAGCAGAGAAGGAACCUCAAGAAUGCAAAAACAAGAUGAACAGUUGUAACACCAUCAAUGCACCAGCCGCUAAGGCGCAGGUGGUGGGAUGGCCUCCGAUUAGAUCUUUCCGGAAGAAUACACUUGCUACAACUUCUAAAAACAAUGAAGAGGUUGAUGGAAAAGGCGCGCUUUUUGUGAAGGUGAGCAUGGAUGGUGCACCCUAUCUUAGGAAGGUGGACCUGAGGUCGUAUGCCACUUACCAGGAGCUCUCAUCGGCUCUUGAAAAGAUGUUCAGCUGUUUCACCAUAGGACAAUGUGGGCCCCAGGGGAGUCCGAAUAAGGAAAUGAUGAGCGAGAGCAAACUGAGGGAUCUUAUUCAUGGGUCGGAGUAUGUACUGACGUACGAGGAUAAGGAUGGGGACUGGAUGCUUGUUGGAGAUGUUCCCUGGGAGAUGUUCAUCGCUUCAUGCAAGAGGCUCAAAAUUAUGAAAGGGUCUGAUGCUAUUGGAUUAGGUUAG